GGAGGGAGGGAGAGAGAGAGAGCGAAGAAGAGAUUCUCACACUGGCUGUGUCCUAAUCCGAGUCCAUCUCCAAGAAGCAGCGGAGCAGAGUGUUGGUGAACUCAAGGUGCCGGUGGAGGUGGUGUGGUGGGGGGCCACCGGCGGGGCAGGGCAGGGGCUCCGGAGCGGAGGAGGAGGAGGAGGAGGAGGAGGAGAAGAAGAAAAGGAAGAGGAGGAGGGAGACAAAGUGGAUCCGAUCAACAGCAGCCGACGGAACGCAGGAAAUGCCCGUCAGGUCUGAGUCUGUCACACCCUCGACCAAUCGGAGCCUUCGUUAACGGCGGCGGCGGCGCGUGAUUGGGAGGAAGGAUGGCGACCAUGCCGUUUGUCAGCGAGGGGAAGUGUGUAAGUGUGGAGUGGGAUUUCCUACAAGGACUACUGGCCAAGCCCCCCACCCUUCCCUGUCUCCAGAACCUGCGUAAAGAGAAAUCUCGCAAUGCUGCCCGUUCACGGCGGGGGAAGGAGAACUUUGAGUUCUUUGAGCUGGCCAAGAUGCUGCCUCUGCCCGGAGCCAUCACCAGCCAGCUGGACAAGGCCUCGGUCAUCCGGCUGACCAUCAGCUACCUGCACAUGCGCACUUUUGCCAGCCAGGGAGACCCGCCCUGGAGUCCUCUGAUGGAGGGAGACAGCAACUGCAGAAAAGUAAGACGAUCGUCUCAUUCUCUAGCCACUGACUUGUUUGAGCAGCACCUGGGGGCGCACCUCCUGCAGUCUCUGGAUGGCUUUGUGUUCGUGGUCAGUCAGGAGGGACGUUUCCUCUACAUCUCGGAGACGGUUUCUAUCUACCUGGGACUCUCACAGGUGGAGCUGACCGGCAGCAGUGUGUUUGACUACAUCCAUCCGGCGGACCACGUGGAGAUGGCCGAGCGGCUGGGAAUCAGCCCGCAUCUGAGGGCCGAGGCCGGCUGCCACACGGGACCCGAGAGCGCCUCCAGCUCAGCGUCCACCUCAUCCCUGGCUGGUACCCCUGAACCCGCUCCGUCUAGUCCUCAUUCUCCUGCUGAUGAUCCUCCGGACCGCGGCUACUUCAUCCGCAUGAAGUCCACGCUCACCAAAAGAGGCCUGCAUGUCAAGUCCUCCGGAUACAAGGUGAUCCACGUGACGGGACGGAUCCGCUGCCGCCCUGCGCUCGUGCCGGGCUCCACGCGCUCAGGCCGCCGGCCGAUGGGUUUGGUUGCCCUGGCGCACACUCUCCCGCCCUCCACGCUCAAUGAGGUCCGCAUGGAGAGCCAGAUGUUUGUCUUCCGGGUGAACAUGGACCUGCAGGUCACAUACUGUGAGAACAGGAUCUCAGAGUAUAUGGAUCUGACCCCGGCAGAGGUGGUCGGACACACCUGCUACCACUUCAUCCAUAUAGAAGACCUGGAAAACCUCCGGCAGAGCCACGAGGAUUUGCUGAGGAAAGGCCAGGUGGUGACCGGCUACUACCGUUGGCUCCAGAGGAGAGGAGGCUACCUGUGGAUCCAGUCCAGCGCCACCGUGUCCAUCAACCACAAAGCCCCCCAUGAACGCAACGUCAUCUGGGUCAAUUACAUCCUGAGUCGAACAGAGUUGCCCGACACCCCCCUGGACAUACUGCAGCUACCGGAGAAUGUAAGAGCAGAGCGACUGCGGGUCAGCUCAUCCCCCACCGACAGUUCCCCCCAGGCCCGAGGAUCGCACCCAAUGAAGAGCUCGGUGGGGAAGAGCGACCCCGGCUCUAAAGGCAGAGAGAAAUUUACCACCGCGGCCGUCCAAUCAGAGGCCAGGAGGAAGCGCCUGCUGAGGUCCGACCCGGAGGGGGCUCCUCCUGAAACCCGCCGCCGACUGGAGGAGCUCCGCCAGGCAGAGGAGAGCGUGUCGGCCUCCUCGGACCUGGCCAGCGAAAGCGAGGGCGAGGAGGAGGAAGAGGCGGAGUGGGACCAGGGGGGAAACGGUGAGAGACUGAAACAGGAAGAAGCUGGAGGAGGCAAACCGAUUAGGGGCGGCGACGCCCCCACCGGAGGGGAGCGGGGCAGCAGGGUGCACAACGGGCGGGCUGUGAUCCAGCAGCUGAAAAGCGUAGUGAGCCAGCCCCCGCUGCCUGGCAGCCCCAGCAUCAAGACGGAACACGAAGCCCUGACCACCGGGGGAGGUCGUUGGGGGUCACACACGCAGACCUCCGCCUCCCACGCGCACACCACUCAGCCCCAACCCUCGCACGCACACACACCCUCCAGCAGCCUCAACGGCGACAGCCCCACCACCCCGAUCCCGGACUCUUCUUCCAGCAGCGACGCCCCCCCUAAAGGGCUGUUCACUCCCCCUUCCCCCGCUCUUUCGCCCGCAAUGUCCGUGUCCUCGCCGUUGCCACGGGAGGACAGGGUUGUGUCGGGGUUGGUCACCCGGAGCGGCGGCGGCGUAGGUAGCUCUCCUGACUUUGAGCUGCUGCAGAGACUGGCUGCGGGCGGCGCGGCGGGGCGGGUCCUCUUCCACCCGCUGGCCCUCGGCCCGCAGGGCCCCCAGAGCCUGUACGCGCCCAGCACCAUCCGCUACGCUCCGCCUGAGCUGCCCCCCUCUCACCACCACGGCAUGGAACACAGCGAUGGCCUGCAGCUACGCUCGGACCACCACAAGGGACCCCCGCCGGCCUUCUUCCCCCACCUGCAGCGGCUGGCCGGCUUGCCACCCUUCAGCGGUUUCUCCCCGUCUGACAGCCCUUUCUCCUCCGGCCUGCCCUUCUGUAUGAACGGACUCAGGGGGGCUGCGGGCUCCGAGGAGGACUGAGGAGGAGGAGGAGACGAAAAAAUGAAAGCCGGAGCAGAGUGACAGACCAGGAAGUGAGACUUUGAAAAGGGCAGGAGAGACGGAGGUGGCAGGACAUUAAGCCUCUGAGGACGUCACUAAUUGGACGAUGAGUUGAAUAUCUGCGUUUUGAAAUAUGUGACAAGUCGCUGCCGGAGGGAGUUGUUGCGUCCGCCCGUUGUGGACGAGUGACAGUGACUCUCAAAGAAAACGGGACAUGGAAACUUUUGACUGGUUGUCCCUCGAGACUUUCCGUUUCUGCGGCGCUAAUGAACUCUGCUCUGUGUCUUUCUCUAGAUGACUGUGUUGAUUUCUGUGUCUCUUCCACUCAGAGAAGCCAUAUUGUGUAUAUAGAGACGAAACCAUAAAGACCCUCAGCUUACAUCCUCCUCCCUCUCACUCCAAUUAACCCAAUUAACCCUAAAUCCUGUAGAGCGAGAAGGACAUUGCCGACUUUGGAAUAUCAAUUUUUAUUAUUGCAGUAAUAUACAAAUCAUCUCUCACACUGGGAUCCAGGUGAGAAAAUGAUUACGGGGUUUCCCUUAAAAAAAUAAAGAAAAAGCCCUCCGGUGUUUUUGUAUUGAGAUUCAAAGUGUUCAUGAUAAAAACGUCCUCGUCAGUCAGCCAUACUUAAAGCACACUGGUGGGACAAAAAUAAGAAUGAUGUAGUCCCAGACAUUCCAUUAUAUAUAAGGGGACAAUGCAAUGCUGACAGGACGCUAUUUCUCUUGUCUGAUUAUAGGAGAGCAAUUUGUUUAACUGAGUAUUAAUUAUAGUAUAUUCUGUAUGAUGCUGCGGUUGUAUUUGUGUAUGAAAGCCAUAUUCUUGUUUUUUUUGUUUUCAAAGUUUGUAUCGAUUUUCCUUCCACCAGAAAAAUACGACAGAAGGACGUUAAAAUGGAGUCUAGACAGAGAAAAUAACAUUGUUCUAUUGGAUGUACAAUGUCAUCCAAACACAUUUUUUAUUAGCCUCUAAAAAUAUAUUUCUGAAAAGGUUUUUAGGAGGGGAAAUGGUGCUGGACCCCAAUGUUUGUUUUUGUGUCUUACUAAGCACUUACUGAAAUUAGUUCUGGGGUGAACUCAAAGCACUUCAUCACUUAACACUUACUGCGGUUGAAACAGAAAACAAUGCAAAAGUGGUCCCUAAUAUGUAGUGUAGUUGAGGGGUGUAUAUGGACACGCUCAAAAGAGGAGAUCAAUUUAAAAAAACAGACCAAAUGUGGUCAUUAAAAGCGGACCAUUACAGGUCAAUAAAAUUAAACUGAAUUAUUCUGAUGAUGUCAAUGUAUUUUAGUAAAGUUUAAAAUCAAAAAAUGCAAAAUUGAAAUCACUUUAAAUUUCAGCUUCAUUGCUGUUUCAUUUGAAUUCAUGUUCAGGCCAUGUUACAAUUUUUAGGUCUUUCAACAAUGAAUUUGAAAUGAAAUAAGUCACAAAUAAUUUAGAGUUGUCUAAAAUAUACUCAAUUGAGUCUAAAAAAUACAAAAUGUGAUAUUACAUUAGAAAAUGUCACCUUUUUUGGUUGGUUUAAAUUAAAAUAAUAGAAAAAAAAUCUAAUGAACCAUCCAAUAGUUGUCUAGCACUUUGGAUAAGGUCUUUUAAACUGAUCUAAGAUAUCAUCAAAACACAUUUAUGUUAAAAAACAACUAAAGCAGGACGCAGCUUAUAAGGUGUUUUUAUUUUUUUUUGCUAUCAAAUUGAGAUUAUGGUCGACUGUCGGAUUUGGGGUACGUGGGCAGAAAAAAAGAGAAAAAACAUUUCUAAUCGUUCAGAUCCGACAUGCACUACGCACCCGUCGCUGUCACAUGUGUGAGCGCACAUAUUCGCGGGUGUUUAAUAGUAUAACUUGUGUGUAUGUUGUAUGCUUGUCCAAGUGUGUAUGUUUAGUUUUUUUCUUUAAUUAAAUAUCUAACCCUUUGCCCAUCACUGUGAAUUUAACAUUAUCCUCCCAUCUUUGUAAAUAUUCCACCCACUCAUCAAAUAAAAUGAACAAAUGUAAAAAGAAAAAACAGUGAUACAGAUGACGAUAACAAUAAAAUAUUGCAGUAGAGGAGCACAAAUCAAA